AUGGCAGCCUGCAAGCAGCCAAAUCAAAUUCUGCGCAGCACUGAGCAGCAGAGGAAUGUUGGCUGCGGAAGUCGGAUCUGUGGGCCGGCUGCCCAGAACACUGUCCAGGCUGUGGAUGUGUUUGCGAAGGAGGAGAAGAAGAAGAAGGGGCUCUGCGAGGAACAUGGAGAGCGGCUUAUCUGGUUCUGCACCCAGGAGAGAGCCCCUAUCUGUGAGACCUGCCGGGCAUCCAAGACCCAUACCUCUGAUGCGGUGGUACGUGCUGAAGAAGCUGCUCAGGAGUACAAGAGCAAACUGCAACGGGCUGUGCCUCUGCUAGAACAACACCUGGAGAAGGCUCUGAAGCUGAAAUACCAGGAAGGGAAGAAAACAGCGGAGUGGAAGAUCUCCUCCUCCUCUGGGAAUACACCUAAUCCCCCUGUGGCUGUCUUGUUGAAUUUCUUUGCCCCUUCCCUGAUGAAGGAUGAAGUUCACAGACAGAAAGAGCGAAUUGAGAGCGAGUUUUACAAGCUUCAUACCUUCCUGUCUGAGGAAGAGGAACGACUCCUGAAGAGGCUGAAGAAGGAGGAGCGAGAGACCCUGAAGAAGCUUCACUGCAAUCUGGAGCAGCUCUCCAAACAGAGCUCUGCCCUUAAGCAGCUGGUCACAGAAGUGAAGGAGAAGAGCCGACAAUCUGCAGGCGAGCUUCUCAAGGAUGUGGAAAACACAUUGAGCAGGACUGAAAAUGUGACAGUGCAGGAAACAGAAGCUGUUCCCACUGAACUGAAGCAUGUGUAUAACAUUCCUUGCAUCGACAUUAUUGAAAUCCUAACAGAGUUCAAAGUGAAUGUAUCUCUGGAUCCAGCCACAGCUCAUCCCAGCCUUGCCCUCUCUGAGGAUCAGAAGACUGUAAAACACGGAGUGACGCAGCUGGGGCUGCCGCUUGAUGACAAUCCUGAGAGAUUCGAUACUUAUGUCCUGGUUCUGGGCGCUGAGAGAUUCACCUCAGGGAGGCACUACUGGGAGGUGGAAGUGGGGGACAGCCCUGAGUGGGACCUGGGUGUCUGUAGGGAAUCUGUGAGCAGGAAGGGGCAGGGAACCAUCUUUUCCCCCCAAAGUGGGUUCUGGAGACUGUGGCUCAGGAACGGAGAUCGAUACAAGGCCCUGAUUUCCCGCCCAACUCUUCUCCCUUUGGGCACAAAGCCAACUCGAGUGGGGAUCUUCCUGGACUAUGCAGAAGGCGAGGUUUCAUUUUAUAAUGUGACAGAGAAAACCCACAUUUACACAUACAUUGGGACCUUUUAUACCCCUUUGCGGCCUUUCUUUAGUCCAUGCCGCCGUGGUAAAGGAGAAAAGGCGUACCCUUUGUCUGUCUGCCCAGAGGAGGAAAGUGUGAGAAACAAGCAUCGGAGCUCUGUCCAAGGGUCAGAUCCCUGA